AGAUGGUGUGAACGAACCAACCAAUUGGAGAAAGGGUGACUUUAUUGGUGGUGGGGCAUUUGGUCAAGUGUUUUGUAUGGCUGUCAAUGACAAAGACACCACGGUCCCAUUAGCAGUAAAACAAAUAACUAUUCUACAUUCUGGAGAUAAUAAACAUUUGGUAAAAAAAAGAACAUAUAGAAAUUAUAAAAUUUUAAAAAGGGGAUUAACAAAUAGUUUUUUUAAGACUAGUCAGCACAUAUACUUCUAUAGGUAUGAAAGAAAGUAUGGUGUAAUUUUGACCUUAAUAACGUACAAAAUUAAAUUCCGAUAACUUUGCUGAUUCUUAAAAAAUACAUAACGGGCAUUUGUUUCGUUAUUUUCUUUUUGUUUUAAUCUAAAUAGUCUUAAAUCAAAAAUGGUGUAAUGAAUCUCCCGUGUCAAGUGUGUGGGACAUACGAAUAUUAAGAUAGUUCAUGGGACAUCAAAAAAAUUGUGCGGUGGGGUAUCGUUCGGUACAGGAUAGCGCCAAUUGAGAUCAUUUUAAGGUGCUUUACUUGAAUUCAUGUUUUGUUAAGUACUUCUAGUAAAUGGGAAGUCAAUGCUAUGCUGGAUCCUUUGUUUGGCAAGCCAUACGCUGUUUAAAAGUGCAUGUAUAACGAUAGGAAAUAUUAUGUGUGAAGAUAAUUGACUUUUAUGCAAUUAACCCCCAUCAAUUUUAAAUAUAUUUUUUUAAAUAAUAAACUUAGGAGGCAUAUGAGAAAGAGAAAUGUAUCCUUCCAAAGCUGGACCAUGAGAGAAUCGUCCCAUUUUAUGGUUAUUGUAAGAAAGACAACCUACUGUUUUUAUUCAUGGAACGAAUGCCAAUGGUAAGUUAUUUCCUUUUUUUUUAUGAUAUAAAUGUUAUUGCCUUUAGGACGUGUUACCUUUGCACUCCCCUUACCUGUCAUCGACGAGGAAAUUCAUAGCCAUAACAUCGUCCCCCAACUCGUGUUAAAUCUCGUAAAUUAACCACUAUGCUAUAAGGAGUUUUCGCAUUAACUUGUCCUAGGGGAAUGUAUAUCAACAACAAAAUAAUAUAAUUAUAAAAGGAUUUUUUUUUUUAUAAGUUAUUAAUUAGGAAUAUAAAUGUUCAGAUUUUAACAAAGUCAUUUCUAUAAUAAUUAGUAUUUUCUCUUAAAAGUUAAUAUGUUUGGAAAUGUUAUACUUUAGGGUCUUAUGUUUAAUAAAAGAAAUGUACUUGACUAUGGAAAUCCUCUUGUCCUCAAAUCAAAAAUAUUAUUGUUAGAGCUUUAAUUUUAUAUACAGGGAUCACUUCACAGUUAUAUCGACAAUGACAGUAACCCUGACCUUUCUGAGCGUGACAUUGUGCAUAUAACAAAACAGAUUCUUCAAGGAUUGGAAUAUGUACAUGAGAAAGGGAUUAUUCAUCGAGAUAUUAAAGGUAAAUAACAUAUCUUUUUAACGAUAGCAUUACUUAGUUGUAACUGUUUUUUUUACAUUGUAUUAUUUUUUAUUUUCAAAAUAAUUAAAUUUUAAACAAUAAUGCGUUCAUAUAUUAUAGUCAAUUAUCUUCAAAUAACAAUUCCUUUCUACCUAAUAGCAUCAAAUUAUUAUUAUAAUAUUUUACAAAAAAAUUUAAAGUAUUUUUUUGCCGGACCUGUAACUCUUAAUAAAUAGAUUUGUUUUUAACUAGUUCAUAAAAAGAUCAAUUUAAAUAUCACAAUAGUCGUUGCAUAAAUGAAUCUUUGAUAAACAUUUCUUUUCGAUGAUAAAAUGUAAAUUAAAAAAAAAAAAUUUGAUGUAGUUUAGGUUCGUUAUAGAUCAAUUAGACUUGAGGUGAAAAUAUGUAGUAAAGACUUUAACAUGAAAGAAAUGGGUCUUUACUAUUUCUGUAAACAUGUCAGGCAUUAUACAAACUAUUUUAAACAUAAUGCAGUGUAACACGAAACCAUUGUGUGUGUUCGUCAAAUAAACACACAAGUCAAAUAUUUGAAAGAAACACAUGUGAACAGAAUCUAACUUGUUUUAUUGAUACAUUAAACUCUAGCACAUAAUAUAUAUUCUAGAGUCGUCUAUUACGAUUCUUAAGCAUUCUUAGUUGAUUCAAAGUUUUCUCUAGGAUAUUUAAUGAUCCGGAAGUGUUAAUACAGUGUAUUCUUAAAAAUACAGCUGCAAACAUUUUACUUCAAGACAAGUUCAACAUAAAACUUGCAGACUUUGGGGUUUCUAAACUGCUGGACGACAUUUCUGUAGCCCACACCUCGGGAGUUGGUACAACACGAUGGAUGGCUCCUGAGAUGCUCAGGUCUGAACCCUACAGAAAGGAAGUGGAUAUAUGGUAACAAUUUGCUAAACAAUUUUUUAAAAUCAUUAAUGUAAAAAGAAUACAAUUGAUUUUUUUGAAAAAAAAUUAAAAUAUUAAAUAGAUUGUUCAUUAAAAUCAUUUUAUGACAUCGAUGAGUUGAUAGUUGUUCAAAAAAAUGCAAAGGAGAUGCAUCCAAUUUUUAAUUUUGUUCCCUUCUAAAUAUGUGACUAAUUCAAACAGUUAAUCACAAUUUUAUUUUAUAAACAUAAUUACAAAAAUGCGUUUAUAUUUUAGGGCUGUUGGAUGCACAGUUCUUGAAAUGAUAACCAGAUAUCCCCCAUUUAAAGGCUUAGAGCGACACAUGGUUGAAUUUAGAUUGAGUGGAGAACAUCCAUCUCCAGCAUAUAACCUUGACCUAAAUUGUUCACAAGAUUUAAAUGAUUUUCUCAAUGAAACUUUUGAAAAGGAUCCAAUGAAGAGACCAAGAGCCGCCAAUUUGCUUAGCAGUAAACUU